CUGACCGCCGCCACCAGGUCAACAGCCCAACAUACACGCCAGGACACAUUGUUUGUAUAAAUAAAUAAAUAAAUAUAAUAUUGCACAUAUACACACAUGUAUAUGAAUACCCUAGUUGUAACCCAAACAAAAGCAUCCAUAUGAAGAGACAUGAAAUACUCCGAGUGCUGCAUGUGUGGAGACUAUGGUUAUUCUUCUGAACUUUUCAGAUGCACAAUUUGCCAAUUUAGAUCUCAACACAGAUAUUGCAGCAACUUGUAUCCAAAGGCUGAAUCUUAUCAAAUUUGCAAUUGGUGCCUAAGUACAACUAAGGAGAAAAUUCAGAAGUCGUCAAUUUCUUCAUCAUCAAGUAGAAAUACAAGUGAAGAUGAUCCAAAGAUUGCCAAGAGAUUAAGAGGUACAAAGUUACAAGACAUACAAAAGAGGGGGAUCACAAAAAGAGUAAUUAGAAAUAGGAUGAUCAGAAAAUAUAAACGCUUGGAUGAGGUCUGUAGCUAGCGAAUGAAAAUAGUUGAUAAUAUCAACUUAAUAUAUUCACUGAUUUUUUUUUUCUUCUCUCUCUCUCUCCUCCUUGAGGGUUUGGUGGUUCCAAAAUUUAAAGACAAAUAAAUGUAAAUAGAAAACUGGGUUUAUAUAUGUGUAAGUGUUUGAUAUUGAGAAUGGGGGAAAAGCUAGAGGGGCAGAAGGAGUUCGAAUAAACCUAUUUUGCCAAAAAAUCAGACUGUAUAUGCAAUUUUUUUUUAAGCAAUAAACAGUGAAUAUUAAAAUUAUUACAAACUAAGCAUCUAUAAUUCGAAGCCACCUUCCAGGAAGGGUUCU